UAUACUGGUGUGGAGCUCGCUUAGGACGAUGUUGAGAUUGUUUUUUCUUCUUUUGCUGGUUGCAGUUACAUCAGCUUUGGAAAAUGACGAGAGACUCUAUAAAAGAAUAUUUGAGAAUUACGUUUCGGACGUCGCUCCAAAACCAAAUGCUUCUACACCGGUGGUUGUAUCAAUGGAAUUUAGCGUUUACCAUAUGGAAAAUUUAGAUGAAAAAGAACAAUCGUGUACAACUUAUGGAUUUGCCGAUAUGUACUGGAGAGAUCAUCGACUUUCAUGGAAUAUAUCUGAAUACAAUGGGCUUGAAGAGAUAAUGUUACCAGCUCGAUCUGUUUGGACACCUGACAUCAGUCUGGACAACGGAAUUGAAGAAGUUGUUGACGAAAAAUUGAAGAACAAUUUUCAAGUCAUCGUCACGAGUGAAGGACACGUACAAUGGAGUCCCGGGGGUAUCUUUAAAACCCAAUGCCCCAUGGAUAUCACCAAACUGCCGUUCGACACUCAGAAAUGUGAGAUUAAAUUCGCAUGCUGGACGUCUUCCGGUUCCCACGUGCUUCUCAUUAACGAAACAAGUGAAGUUUACCUCGAUGGAUACGAAGGAACAGCUCAAUGGGAAAUUAUUGGUACAUCUUCCACUGGCGGCUCUGUGUAUUACGACAGCAGCCCUGGUGUGCCGUAUCCAUACGUCACAUUCUCGAUCACACUAAAGCGAAAGCCAAAAUAUUAUAUCAUGAACAUCGUCGUUCCAACAAUUCUGAUUUCUCUGGUAGCGUUGAUGGUCUUUCUUAUGCCACCUGAAACUGGAGAGAAAGUUGGUCUUGGAAUUACAGUCAUGCUGAGUUUCUCAGUAUUUCUACUCAUUCUCAAUGAAAACAUGCCAAAAACAUCGGACGCCACGCCAUUGAUCGGAACUUAUGUGACACUGGUGAUGGGUGUGACUACUUGCUCGAUUGUUA